AUUUUGUUCAACGUUGAAGCGACAUGGUAUUAAGCUCAUUUUCAUUUCAAAAUAUUCACAUUUGUCUUGUGUUACAGGGAAAAUAACACCAGUAAUAUAAUAAACAUGAGUACUGACUGGCAAGGACGCUGGUGUCAUGUUCAGAAAUUUCUGGAAAGAACAGGACCAUUUGCUCAUCCUGAUUUUGAACCAAGUAGUGAAACACUUGGAUUUUUACAAGAGUCAUGCAAGUUACUUAUCAUAGGUGCUGGAGGUCUUGGGUGUGAGCUUCUCAAAGAUCUUGCUUUGCUUGGCUUCAAGAACAUAGAUAUCAUUGACAUGGACACUAUUGAUGUGUCCAAUCUGAACAGACAGUUCUUGUUUAGAGCUAAAGAUGUUGGCAGACCAAAAGCUGAAGUUGCUGCAGAUUUUAUCAACACAAGGAUCCCAGGAGCUAACAUUACACCACAUUAUGCUAAAAUACAAGACUAUGACGAGUCUUUCUAUAGCGGUUUUCACAUAGUGGUGUGUGGUUUGGAUUCUAUAGUUGCAAGAAGAUGGAUAAAUGGAAUGUUGGUGAGCUUGUUACAGUAUGAGGAUGGUGUAUUGAAGCAGGAGACGAUAAUACCAAUGGUGGAUGGUGGUACGGAGGGGUUUAAAGGCAAUGCUCGAGUUAUACUGCCAGGAAUGACGGCCUGUGUAGAAUGUACACUUGAUUUAUACCCUCCUCAGGUAAAUUUCCCUCUGUGUACAAUAGCUCACACUCCCAGAUUACCAGAACACUGUAUAGAAUAUGUGAGAAUAUUGCUGUGGCCAAAGGAAGAACCAUUUGGAGAAGGUGUAGCUAUAGAUGGAGAUGAUCCGAAACAUGUAAAAUGGAUUAUGGAGAAAUCUGUGGAGAGGGCAAACGAGUUUAACAUCACUGGUAUCACUUACAGACUAACACAGGGUGUAGUAAAGAGAAUCAUCCCAGCUGUGGCGUCAACUAAUGCUGUAAUAGCAGCUGCCUGUGCCACAGAAGUUUUUAAAAUAGCAACAAGUUGCUGUAUGCCACUAAACAAUUACAUGAAUUUCAAUGACACAGAAGGAAUAUAUACAUAUACAUUUGAGGCUGAAAGAAAGGAUGAUUGUAUGGCGUGCAGUAAGAUACCGAAGUCACUCACAUUCUCCGAGUCUGACAAACUACAAGACAUUAUUAACUUCCUACAAGAAAGUGCAGAAUAUCAGAUGAAGUCCCCUGGUUUAACAGCGAAUGUUCAUGGAAAGAAUAAAACAUUAUACAUGCCAACAGUUAAAUCUAUCGAAGAGAAAACACGAGAAAAUCUGAAGAAAACUUUAGGAGAUCUGGGUAUAGUGAAUGGACAGGAGCUGUAUGUGGCAGACCCUACCACACCUAUGACUGUGACAUUUAAACUUAGUCUCGGCUCAAACAUGGAAUGAACAUCUACUUAUUAUCCUCGUGAUCUUGUAGCACCAGUAAUAACUUACCUCACAACUGAAAGGAGAAGAAAUCUUUAACUUUUAGAAGAGUGUGCACAGCAAUGGACAGAUUUAGUUUGCAUGUAUGUUAGAGUCAAUUGAAUAUUUUAUGAUGAAAUAGUUUUAUACUACUACACAAGCAAGUUACAUAUUAGGUACUUCAUGAUUGUCUACUACCAGAAUAACAACAGAAAAGAAACAUUUUUCAUCUACAAGGUCACAUACAGGUUAUUGAGACAGUCAUAAAAUAAUACACUUUUCCCCAAUGAAAAUUGUUAAAUGUAUCGUAGUGCAAAAUUUCUGCAAUUUUGUUUGAUUACUUUUUAUUUCAAAAAGGAUUACACAGCGCCUUAAAGUGACAUACCUCGGGAUGGACUUCUAUUCAAUUUUUUGAAAACAGAUUCACAAUUGAUAUUAGAUUUAAAAUUAUAAACCAGUUUUGUUUUGUAGAUAUAGUUAAUGUGUACCAUAUAAAAUAAAGCAAAGUUCUUUCAACUUUGCAUCUACAUGUAGUUUCAAUAGCAUGACUAGUGCUUUUGAUAGUUUCUGCACCUGUUAUUGAUAAAAAGUGUGUUUGUACUAAAAAGCACAGAAUCACUUCAUAAAUAAUUUUCUUUUUAUUACUUUUACUACUACUACUAAUGAAAGCAUUUCCUAAAUUUUGAAAACUUGGCAUAAAUCUAGAGGCAUGCAAGCUUUAAAGAUUUAUGGAGGCUUAUUAAAUUCUGUUUCAAAGUAAAAUGAAAUAGUAGGGUCAGCAGUUUAAACUGUAUUUGUGCACAAGAAACUGAAAAUACUUUUCUUUUCAACUUCUUACAUGUUGUACGCAUUUUAUUUUGUUAAAUAAUUUCAAGGAAAAUAUUUAGGCGUAGUAGCUCGUCCUCCUAGUGCUCCAAAGAUCUCCAGUUUGAACAACAUACAGAAGAAAUGCUUAGAAAUCCAGAAACACUGCCUUUUUUUAGGUUUAUACGCACUGAACUAAUUUUUAACUGAAUAGAACAUUACAUCCAACCCUCUGUACUAAUAAAUUAAUUUUGGAACUAUAUUAGGUUACUAAAUUUAAAUCUGUCCUAAGCAAGCAGAGUAUCCUGUCCAUUGUUUAUAAUAAUAAAACUUGAAUUGUAAUAUUGUAUGCAGUACAAGGUAAUACAAGUUAUAAAUUUACUGUUUUCAACCUUAGUUUAUUUCAGAUGUAAGCCUAACAUUGUUAAGCAUGUUUGAAAAAGUCCUAGUUAAUGUCAGUUUUCAGAAUAUCCUAGCUUUGAACAUACUAUAAUGUUACCAGUAAUUGAUGUGACAGGAAAUAUUACAGUUUGAAAAUAAUCAAAAUUGUUUGGCUGCAUGAUUGAACAUAUCACAAAGAAAGAAAUAUGUUAACCAUUGUUUUAAUAUGUUAACUGUCAUUGUUUAAAGGCUCAUAAUGCCUUUGUCUAUUAUUUGGCUACCACAUUUUUGUGCACCCCCCCCCCCCCCCCCCCAUGAGUGGCGGGGACAUACAGAUUUGCUCUUGUCCGUCGGUGGUUCGUGACGCGCCUAGCUCAAAAGUAUAUAAUAUAAAUUGAUGAAACCUUGCAUGAGUCUUUAUCAUGAUACGAACUUUUGCAUCUUCUAUUUUUCGUCUGGCUCCGCCCCCUAUUUUUAGAGUUAUGGCCCCUGAAAUAGUCAAAAAUGCUCAUUUUCACCUUGUGACACGCCUAGCUCAAAAAGUAUUUGAUAUAAAUUGUUGAAACCUUGCAUGAGUCUUUAUCAUGAUAUGAACUUAUGCAUCUCCUGUUUUUCAUCUGGCUCCGCCCCCUAUUUCCAGAGUUAUGACCCCUGAAAUAGUAAAACAAGAGCUGUCGGAGGACAGCAACGCUCGACUAUUCAACAGCCUUGUCAAUUGAAUGAAUACAAAAGUUGAAAAAGGGGCAUAAUUUUGUAAAAUGCAAAGUAGAGGUAUUGAACCUCUGUACUGCAUGUCAUAUCAUGACAGUGAACAAGUGUGUGAAGUUUCAAUCCUUUCCAAUUUGUGGAUACUGAGAUACCAGCUUACAUACAAAAACUUAACAAAAAACUGCUAAGUCAAAGGGGCAUAAUUUUGUAAAAAUGCCAAGUAGAGUUAUGGGACCUUCACAGUGCAUGUUAGAUCAUGACAGUGAACAAGUGUGUGACGUUUCAAUCCAUUCCAAUUAGUGGAUACUGAGAUAUCAGAUUACAUACAAAAAUUUAACCAAAAACUGCUAAGUCGAAAAAGGGGCAUAAUUUUGAAAAAAAAAGAGAGUAGAGUUAUGGGACUUGCUUAGUGCAUGUCAGAUCAUGAUAGUGAACAAGUAUGUGAAGUUUCAAUCCAUUCCCAUUAGUAAGUACUGAGAUACCAGCUUACAUACAAAACCUUAACCAAAAAUUUCUAAGUCGAAAAAGGGGCAUAAUUUUGUAAAAAAGCAAAAUGGAGUUAUGGAACCUGUGCAGUGUAGAUCAGUUCAUCACAAUGAAUAAGUGUGUGAAGUUUCAAUCCAUUCCCACAAGUGGUUACUGAGUUACCAGCUUACAUACAAAACCUUAACCAAAAAUUUCUAAGUCGAAAAAGGGGCAUAAUUUUGUAAAAAAGCAAAAAAGAGUUAUGGAACCUGUGCAAUGUAAGUCAGUUUGUCACAGUGAAUAAGUGUGUGAAGUUUCAAUCCAUUCCCACAAGUGGUUACUGAGAUACCAGCUUACAUACAAAACCUUAACCAAAAUCGGGACGCGGACGCCGACGCCGACGCAUGGGCGAGUGCAAUAGCUCACUAUUCUAUGAAUAGUCGAGCUAAAAAUGCACAUUUUCACCUAAUUAUUUCCUCUUAUUUGUGACAAAUGUACCAGUGGGGGGGGGGGGGGGGCACACCCUGUGUCCUACAGACACAUUCUAGUUUUUGCUUUAAGCAAAAAUAUGUAUGACCCGUGCCAUGAGAAAACCAUCAUAGUGGCUUUGCGACCAGCAUGGAUCCAGACCAGCCUGCGCAUCCGCACAGUCAGCAGAUGCUCAAGCUGGUCUGGAUCUAUGCUGGUUGCAAAUGCACUAUGUUGGUUUUCUCACGGCACAGCUCAUAUUAAUCCUAAUUUUGAUUAUUGUUUUCUCUGCUUUUUUUCAAAUGUUUGGAUAUUUAUCAGCAUAUUAAAAGGUUUUAAUGAAUCAAAUUGUUUUGAUUACCUCCCUUUAUGGCUCUAUCUGUAUAAGUUCAUGUUUAGUAAUGAAAGUACUGCUUUUCAAAUGGUGUUAUUAUGCACAACAUCUAUUUGGACAGCCGUUUCAACUCUUUUAAUAUAAAAAAUUAAAGCCUUAUGGAACUUGGUAGAUAAUGUAUGUAAUCAGUAUAUUUAAAAGUGUCAUCAAAAUGUGGUUUUCCAAUAGACACCCAUGAUGAAGACAUUUUGAAGUUCAUUUUCAAGUCAGUACAGCGAAAAGAAGCAGACGAGAUAUUAAAUUUUCUUAGGAAUCCUAACAAUCAUGUAAAUAUGCUGAACAAAACGUUUUACGAUUUACCGGUACAUUUAUUUACUUUCUUAUACUUGAAAUUGUAUUGUGCAAUACAGUAUGAUGUACUUUAAGUGCAGUUCAUGAUAGAUAAAGAAGAAUGUUGUCAUUGCAAAAUGUGAUAUUGUAAAUGAUGCUAAAAUAAAUUUUACAAUGUU